AUGGCUACUAAGACGAAGAAAGAGGAGAACGACCGUCCACUUAUUCUGAAUCUGAUUGUAAUUAUUGGGUAUGCGUUGCUUGCAUUUAUAAUGUGGCCUGACAUCAAAGGCCAAAUAUGCAACAUGAGAAAUUAUGGGGUCGAAGGCUAUACUUUUUAUGCAGAUGGAGAACUCAUGGCAGCUAAAGAGGAUCAAUAUUUUGCUGCUGAGCAUGACUUUUCUGAAGUGGUGCAUGGUGGAGUUUGA